UAAAAAUUAAACAAUAAUAUAUUAUAUAUUUGUACUUUGCAGCAGCUAAUAUAUAGUUCGUUGAUGUCGGGCAUGCCGGGAGCAUGGCUGGCUAAGUUUCCGAGGAAAUCACUGCAAUUCAGUAGCGCGGCACCGGCGGCACGGCGUUGCAUGAGCAAGAUGGGGCCGGGGACAAACAGGAGGAGCAAAGCGGAUGUGGCGGCGGCGAUGGAGGAGGAGGAUGAGAAGCGAUUGGAAGAGGUAUCGCCGAGCUGGGCACCGCAUCCUCGCACCGGAAUAUAUUUCCCGGCAGGGCACGAGCGAGUGAUGGACGACGUUCCGAGCGGCGCCGCCUCUCUCAACCAGACUUAUUGGCUGAGGAGCGUCGACGGGGUUGACAAACCCGACCCCGACGUCGACUACUACCAAACUUACGGCGCCAGGCGACACUAUUAAUUAAUGUUAAUUAGUUGUUGCUGUAUGUGACCGAAUUACAGUAACAUAUAUAUAUAUAUAUAUAUA